AAAAUAGAAGGAUGGAUACGCACGUAAGAUGGUCGGCGUGAAAGCAGCCGCAAAAAGCCUAGAAGCUCAUACAAUUCUCCUCCGCUUGGAGUUUCCACCUUUCCUCCCUCUCACUUCUUCCUUUCGUUUCUGUAUUUCCAGCAUUUGGAUCGCUACUCCGCUCUCAGCUUCCAGUUUGGAUUUUUGGUUACUACUGGUGCUGAUUUGGUUGGAAAUUUCGAAUCUUUCAGGUCUGGUUCUGAAGAAUUGAAGAGCAAUGAUUUGGGGGACUAUUCGCCGUAAAGUAGCUUCGUCUGAGGUGCUGGGACAAGCGUGGAAGGUUAGGCAUGGAGUAUCCGCCCCAAGCUGUUACCGAGCUGUACCAAAAGAGCAGGCUUUGUUUAUUGGGAAAGGAUAUGAGUGCGUUCAGAGAGCAACCUACCACAUUGUUUUAGGCAAUCAUGCUCCAUCGCUAAGCAGGGAAGCUGCUUCCCUAUGUCAAACAGAUUCUUUUAUCCGAUUGAGCAAUAGAUCAUUUUCUUCAGACAGUGGAGAUGUGGUAGAAGCUGUUGUUCCUUUCAUGGGUGAAUCUAUUACUGAUGGCACUUUGGCAACAUUCUUAAAGAAACCCGGUGACAGAGUUGCAGUUGACGAGCCUAUUGCCCAAAUUGAAACAGAUAAGGUGACAAUUGAUGUAGUUAGUCCUGAAGCUGGUGUCAUUAAAGAGUUUGUGGCUAAGGAAGGCGAGACUGUGGAACCAGGUGUAAAGAUUGCAAUCAUUUCUAAAUCUGGUGAAGGUAUAGAACAAGUUACGCCAUCAGAGCAGGCUGAUGCUAAGCCAGAACCUACUAAAACGAAGGAAAGUGCAGAAAAGCAAGUCCCCAAAGCAGAACCUGCCCCUGUCAAGGAUGCACAACCCAAAACUAAGGCACCUUCUCCACCACCACCGCCACCACCUAAACAGGCGGCGUCAGAACUCCGCCUUCCUCCCAAGGAUAGGGAAAGACGAGUUCCUAUGACAAGACUAAGGAAGCGGGUGGCAAUACGCUUGAAAGAUUCUCAGAAUACAUUUGCUCUCUUAACCACAUUUAAUGAGAUUGAUAUGACUAACUUGAUGAAGCUCCGUUCAGACUACAAGGACACCUUUGUUGAAAAGCAUGGUGUGAAAUUGGGAUUUAUGUCCGGCUUUGUGAAAGCUGCUGUUAGCGCACUUGAGCAGUUGCCAAUUGUCAAUGCUGUCAUUGAUGGUGACGAUAUCAUAUACAGAGAUUACAUUGAUAUCAGCAUAGCUGUUGGGACACCAAAGGGCCUUGUCGUUCCAGUUGUCCGCAAUGCUGGUGGUAUGAACUUUGCUCAGAUAGAGAAGGAAAUCAAUACCCUGGCUAAGAAAGCAGCUGAUGGUUCUAUAUCAAUUGAUGAAAUGGCUGGAGGGACGUUCACAAUAUCAAAUGGGGGCGUAUAUGGAAGCCUUCUAAGCACACCAAUCAUCAAUCCUCCACAGUCAGCAAUUUUGGGUAUGCACUCAAUAGUGAACCGUCCCAUGGUCGUUGGGGGGAACGUUGUACCAAGGCCAAUGAUGUACAUUGCAUUGACAUACGAUCAUCGCCUCAUUGAUGGAAGAGAGGCUGUUUUCUUCUUGCGCCGCAUUAAAGAUGUCGUGGAAGACCCUCGCAGGCUUCUCCUUGAUUUGUAAAGGAGUCGGCGCCCCUGAACCGUGAUUUUGAUCCAUAUGUAGAACGCAAUAUCUCUGCAUUCUGAAGCCGAUAUGGUUGGCAAGUGUGUUUUGUCCAAUGCUUUUGCUUUAUAAAAGAGUUGGAAUACUCUGCAGGACAGGUUGAUCGCAUCGAAAGAAUCAGAAGUAUAUUUUUCGUUUCAGCCCAGUAACUUCGGCUUUUCGUUCACCGGGGAUUUUAAUAAAAAGCGCAGUUAACUCGA